AUUGAUAAGAUGAUAACGUUUAGAGACCAACAACACUAUUUAGUAACUACUACCACAGGGCACAGAAUAACUUCUAUAUUUUAUUUUGUGCUAAUACUGAGGGCUGACUACAAAUAUAAUAGGUACGUGUGUUUGUCUGACCAUUGAAAUUCAUCACUCGAAACCAUGAGCGGUUUAAGUUUGUUGAAAAAAACCGUUCCCAGGAAUGUGUGCUGCAUAUUAAAACAGAUUCGACCUCUGCAUGUGUCGUCAGCACUGACCAAAUCAGUAGCUCCAAGGGAAUCACUGAACUCCGACUAUGUAUUAGAUUUAAACUAUGAUUUCCAUUAUCGUGAUCAAAUACCUUUUGGCGCAAAAGAUAAGAGGAAUAAUACCAUUGCCGAUGUUUCAAUGGGAAUAGUUUUGGCAUUUGUUUUGUAUAAAUGUUACUCUGAACCUGAACAUUUGCUUGGAGAUUUUCCAUUUCCUGAUUACUCAGAGUGGACUGAUGAAGAAUUGGGAGUACCGCCAGUUGAAUAAUUAUAUAUUAUUUAUUCAGUUAAAUUUAGUAUACAUAUGAUCCAGAAAAAUAAUCUAUGAAAAAGUGAAUAAUCCAAAAAUAAAUAUUACAUUGAUCGUUAA